UAAAUCCACCAGCAGGUGGCAGUAGAGCUACACGCGGUACACGAUUGUGUUUUAUUUCACAACCGUCGAAGAAGAAAGCGCGGCGAUGAAGAAUAAACAAACAGAUUUGAUAGAACUUCAGUGACACAAACAUGUCGAUUGUCUUCGUCCCGAAGAAAUUGAGAGGAAAAGCGAAAGUCAACCAAGAAACGAUACAGAGGUUGCUUGAUGAAAACGACCAGCUGGUUCGAUGCAUCACAGAGUACAUGCAGAAAGGACGAGCGGUGGAGUGUGUCCAGUACCAACAAAUCCUGCACCGCAACCUUGUGUACCUGGCAACCAUAGCGGAUGCCAGUCCUGAUGGGAUGACCCCAGCCACAAACGCUACCUUCAGCGACGCCUCCACACCUUCUGUUAACGGCUGUACAGAGACGCAGUGAUCUGCCAAUGGAGUUUCAUCGUGGGACUUUUGUAUUAUUAUUUUUACUGGAUUUAUGAGACAACUAUGUAUAAACAUUUUUAAAUAGUGGUCAGUUUUAGACUAAAAUGUGUUUUAGCUGUAACAGGAAUAAACUUUACAGCUGUUGGAAGGAGACUAAUUUAAUGACUGAAAAAUAAACAGUCUUACAAAUUA